CGAUCCGGGAGUCGACACCGGCGGAGUCUUGGAGCCGCUGCAGAAGGGAAUAAAGAGCGAUGCAGGGAUUUGUGAGGUUACCGCGCUCCGGCUGCGAGAUGCACUAGCCGGCUGACCCGGCGACCCGCUGACUUGUUGGAACCGGAGUGCUCGGCGCUGCACGGGCGUGUGGAUGAGUUGAAGUUGCUUUCCCCGGGCUGCUUCUCCACGCCGCCGGGAGGAAUCCGAGAGGCCGGGCAGUCACUUCGUCUGGCCAUUGAUUGGGUAUCCGGAGCUUUCUUUCCCCCCUCGCUUUCUUUUUCUCCGUCUUGUUGCAUGCAAGAAAAUUACUGUCCACUGCUCGCCCGCCCCGGGUGCGAGAUCUUCCGCCCGGCUCUCUCCCGUCCAUUGUGCAACCCAAAGAUGAAAGACCGAAGGGGAGAAAGUUAACGAAAUCGCCCACAUGCGCUGGAUCAGUCCACGGCUUGGGGAAAGGCAUCCAGAGAAGGUGGGAGCGGAGAGUUUGAAGUCUUUACAGGCGGGAAGAUGGCGGACUGGAGCUGAAAGUGUUGAUUGGGAAACUUGGGUGAUUCUUGUGUUUAUUUACAAUCCUCUUGACCCAGGCAGGACACAUGCAGGCCAAAAAACGCUAUUUCAUCCUGCUCUCAGCUGGCUCUUGUCUCGCCCUUUUGUUUUAUUUCGGAGGCUUGCAGUUUAGGGCAUCGAGGAGCCACAGCCGAAGAGAAGAGCACAGCGGUCGGAAUGGCUUGCACCACCCGAGUCCGGAUCAUUUCUGGCCCCGCUUCCCGGACGCUCUGCGCCCCUUCGUUCCUUGGGAUCAAUUGGAAAACGAGGAUUCCAACGUGCACAUUUCCCCCCGGCAGAAGCGAGACGCCAACUCAAGCAUCUACAAAGGCAAGAAGUGCCGCAUGGAGUCCUGCUUCGAUUUCACCCUUUGCAAGAAAAACGGCUUCAAAGUCUACGUGUACCCGCAGCAAAAAGGGGAGAAAAUCGCCGAAAGUUACCAAAACAUUCUAGCGGCCAUCGAGGGCUCCCGGUUUUACACCUCGGACCCCAGCCAGGCGUGCCUCUUUGUCCUGAGUCUGGAUACUUUAGACAGAGACCAGUUGUCACCUCAGUAUGUGCACAAUUUGAGAUCCAAAGUGCAGAGUCUCCACUUGUGGAAUAAUGGUAGGAACCACUUAAUUUUUAAUUUAUAUUCCGGCACUUGGCCUGACUACACCGAGGAUGUGGGGUUUGACAUCGGCCAGGCGAUGCUAGCCAAGGCCAGCAUCAGUACUGAAAACUUCCGACCCAACUUUGAUGUUUCUAUUCCCCUCUUUUCUAAGGAUCAUCCCAGGACAGGAGGGGAGAGGGGGUUUUUGAAGUUUAACACGAUUCCUCCUCUCAGGAAGUACAUGCUGGUAUUCAAGGGGAAAAGGUACCUGACAGGGAUAGGGUCAGACACCAGGAAUGCCUUAUAUCACGUCCAUAACGGGGAGGAUGUCCUGCUCCUCACCACCUGCAAGCAUGGCAAGGACUGGCAAAAGCACAAGGAUUCUCGCUGUGACCGAGACAACACCGAGUAUGAGAAGUAUGAUUAUCGGGAAAUGCUGCACAAUGCCACUUUCUGUCUGGUUCCUCGUGGUCGCAGGCUUGGGUCCUUCAGGUUCCUGGAGGCUCUGCAGGCUGCCUGCGUCCCUGUGAUGCUCAGCAACGGAUGGGAGUUACCAUUCUCUGAAGUGAUUAAUUGGAACCAAGCCGCCGUCAUAGGCGAUGAGAGAUUGUUAUUACAGAUUCCUUCUACAAUCAGGUCUAUUCAUCAGGAUAAAAUCCUAGCACUUAGACAGCAGACACAAUUCUUGUGGGAGGCUUAUUUUUCUUCAGUUGAGAAGAUUGUAUUAACUACACUAGAGAUUAUUCAGGACAGAAUAUUCAAGCACAUAUCACGUAACAGUUUAAUCUGGAACAAACAUCCUGGAGGAUUGUUCGUAUUACCACAGUAUUCAUCUUAUUUGGGAGAUUUCCCUUACUACUAUGCUAAUUUAGGUUUAAAGCCCCCCUCCAAAUUCACUGCAGUCAUCCAUGCGGUGACCCCCCUGGUCUCUCAGUCCCAGCCAGUGUUGAAACUUCUCGUGGCUGCCGCCAAGUCCCAGUACUGUGCCCAGAUCAUAGUUCUAUGGAAUUGUGACAAACCCCUACCAGCCAAACACCGCUGGCCUGCCACUGCUGUGCCUGUCAUCGUCAUUGAAGGAGAAAGCAAGGUUAUGAGCAGCCGUUUCCUGCCCUAUGACAACAUAGUCACUGAUGCCAUUCUCAGCCUGGAUGAGGACACCGUGCUGUCUACUACGGAGGUGGAUUUUGCCUUCACGGUGUGGCAGAGCUUCCCCGAGAGGAUCGUGGGGUACCCUGCACGCAGUCAUUUCUGGGAUAACUCUAAAGAACGGUGGGGGUACACUUCCAAGUGGACAAAUGACUACUCCAUGGUGUUGACGGGAGCUGCUAUUUACCACAAAUAUUAUCACUACCUGUACACCCAUUACCUGCCAGCCAGCCUAAAGAACAUGGUGGACCAACUGGCCAAUUGUGAGGACAUUCUCAUGAAUUUCCUGGUGUCUGCUGUGACAAAAUUGCCUCCAAUCAAAGUAACCCAGAAGAAGCAGUAUAAGGAAACAAUGAUGGGACAGACUUCUCGGGCUUCCCGCUGGGCUGACCCUGACCACUUUGCCCAGCGACAGAGCUGCAUGAAUACGUUUGCCAGCUGGUUUGGCUACAUGCCGCUGAUCCACUCUCAGAUGAGGCUCGACCCCGUCCUCUUUAAAGACCAGGUCUCUAUUCUGAGGAAGAAAUACCGAGACAUUGAGCGACUUUGAAGAAUCCGGCCGAGUGGGGGAGGGGAAGCGAGAAGGGCCGGGGUCUAGCUGCUCUCUCUUCCCAGUGCAGAUUCACUCGUUCGCGGAGCCAGAUUGUGCCAAGUAUCCAAAUAAACUUAGACGAACAGAAUGACAAAAAAAGGCCAAUGAGAACUCGACUCCUGGCUCCUGGGACUGCACGGGACUGCUCCAAACUCACCUCACUGGCUUGUGUCCCAAGACUAGGCUGUGUACAGUUUAAUUAUGGAACAUUAAAUAAUUAUUUUUGAAAUGAUUGCUAUGCAGGUUUAAACUUUUUUAAUGAUCAAAACUAUUAAAAACCAGAGUUCUUUCUUUAAUCAAAA